UUUUUCUUUGAACUUAGCUGCAAGAUAUGUGCGACACAGUGACAGUCACCUCCGCGCAGAGAUAAGAGAGACAAGAAACACUCUUUAAAGGGUGUGGUUUGUUGUCCGGCAGCAGUAUUUAUUCAGACACCCCCAACGUAAUCUCAUCUACUCUACUGUCAGCAAACAUGAGCACCGACUUUUCCAAGAACGCGGAGGAGAGACCGGAGCCCACAAAUGCAGAUGUGAAAGGGAAGAUUCCCAACUGGCUGCAGGGUACACUGCUGCGUAAUGGCCCCGGUAUCUUCUCUGUUGGGGAAACCAGCUACAACCACUGGUUCGACGGGAUGUCCAUCAUAAACAGCUUCUCCUUUAAAGACGGUGAAGUUACCCACAGGAGCAGAUUUCUUAGAAGUGACACCUUCAAAGCCAACAUGUCUGAAAACAGGAUAGUGGUGUCUGAAAUGGGAACAAUGGCAUAUCCAGACCCGAGCAAGAACUUCAUUUUCAAGGCAAUUACGUUUCUUAAUCACACAGUGCCUGACUUCACUGACAACGGUGCAAGCAAUAUCAUUAAAUAUGGAGAUGACUAUUAUGCCACCUCUGAAACCAACUACAUUCGCAAGAUUGAUCCUGUGACUCUGGAAACUCAGGACAAGGUGGACUACAUGAAGUACCUGCCGGUGAACUUGGCUUCGUCUCAUCCACACUAUGACAAAGAGGGAAACGCCUACAACGUUGGUACUUCAAUAGCAGACAAGGCCAAGACUAAAUAUAUGCUGUUCAAAGUCCCUGCUGUUGCAGAAAAAGUGUCAGACAAAAGCAAGUUUGUCCCUGCACUGAAGAAUGUUGAGGUGGCCUGCACAGUUCCCUGCCGCUCGCUGCUCACGCCCAGCUACUACCACAGCUUCGGCAUGACGGACAAUUACUUCAUCUUCAUCGAGCAGCCUCUCAAACUGGACAUCCUCAAGAUGGCCACUGCAUACAUGAGGGGAGUCAACUGGGCAACGUGCCUGAAAUUCUGCCCCGAGGAAAACACUCUGAUCCACCUGAUAGACAGAAAGACGGGCAAAUUGGUCGAGACAAAGUACCACACUGAAACCAUGAUCGUCUACCAUCAUGUGAAUGCUUACGAGGAUGAUGGUCACGUAGUCUUCGAUGUCAUCGCCUACAAGGAUAAUAGUCUUUAUGACAUGUUCUACCUGAGCAAGCUGAAGGAAAACCCCGGGUUCCAUGAUGAUGCCUACUGCAAACCAAGCUACAGAAGAUUUGCAAUUCCCGUCUCAGACAAGGGCAUUGCAGUUGGAGAGGACCUGGUGAAGCUCAAAUACACAACGGCCAGUGCUGUAAAAGAGAAAGAAGGCAAACUGAUGUGCCAGUCAGAGGUACUCUGUCAAGGUUUUGAAUUACCCAGAAUAAAUUAUGACAUCAACGGCAAGAAGCACCGCUUUGUCUACGGGAACUGCGUAGAAGAGUCUGCACUGUCAAAACAGAUUGCAAAGUUUGACACAGAAACCAAGAAAAUGGUUUACUGGACUGAGGACAACUGCUGGCCAUCAGAGCCUGUGUUUAUUCCCAGGCCAAAUGGAGAGUCAGAGGAUGAUGGUGUUAUCUUAUCAUCAGUCAUCAACUCCAACCCAGGCCAGUCUGAUUUCAUCAUUAUUCUAGAUGGCAAAACAUUCAAAGAAGUGGCUCGAGCGUGUGUUAACGCUGAUCUGCAAAAAGAUAUGCAUGGAUUUUUUAUCCCACAAAGAAAUUAGUUAGUUGUGUAUAUGUGGGAUCUUCCAGGAUCCCACACAGGAAUCUACUUGAACAAUUUAACAUUUUUUGACAAACGUGUGAUGAGGAUAUACAUGGUUAGAUGGACUACAUUAUCUCUGUAAUCGUGAUUGUAUCAAAACAAAAUGGUCUUGGUUCUUUU